AUGUGGGUAGUUGCACUAAACUGCCAAUCCUGUGGUCAAGAAUGCGAGCCGGCCUGCGGUACUAGGUACUUCCGGACCUGCUGUUUCAAUUACUUGCGAAGAAAGAGGGGAUCACACACAAGCAAGAUGUCCCAUUAUUCGCCUAACGAAAUUCUCCUAUCUCCAAAGAUGAUUGAAGACUUGGAGUUUUGGAGCCAAGAUCCAAUUAACGUAUUGGAAGUUUGA